GAAAUGCAUUAUGAUUUUUUUGUCGAUAUGAGAGCAAACAAUGAAAGGAAAACAUUAAUGCGAGGGAUCGAUAAGAUAAGGACCAAUAUAAUUACCUGGUUUUGGUUCCUGAUAGAUCACAUCCGCCUUUUGUUGUCUGUUUGUGAAAGCUGAGCGUUCACCAUGAGGGACGGACCGCCCUGUUCAGAACACCACAGACCACCCCAUGAGCACCGUGGUGCGAUAGGAAGGAUCUUGGAACACAUUUUCGUUCCUCCGCAUAUGAGACAUCACCAUCAUUAUCACAGAUAUGACCGCCAUUACAGAGACCAUCACUAUCAUCAUCAGCCCCCAUGUUACCCUCAAUGGGGUCCAGCACCCCCAUGCUCACACAAUUAUUUCGUAACUGGGUGUCUGCAUUGCCACAACUACUAUAGGCGAUGGUGAUUGGAAUUGCAGAACUUAUAUCUGAAAUCAUUAAUAUUAUAAUGCUAUCUACUUAUUGUUAAUUUCAAUAAAUAAACUGUAGGGAAUGGGGAAG